UUCAUGCUCAUGCUCCUACAUACAUGUAAAGGUCAGAGAGACGUUCAAGAGGUCUCAGAACUCUUUUCUAUUUCGUGGGUCUUUGGGCUUGGUGGCAAAGGUUUUUGCCACUGAUCAUCUUGCUGGCUCUUGAGUUCCCUGUUGUCUGGUUCCAGAUGCUCCAGCUACUCUGCUAUAUCCAGACGAUGGUGCUAUAUCCAGGCGAGCAAGAUGCUUCUCAUAUCCUGAACUUUGGCACCCUGGCCCACCCUACAUGUGGCCCUCAUAGGCAGUAUUGAGCAUUGCCAAGGGCCUCCAUUUUUUAAAAAAGAGAUUUAUUUAUUAUAUAUGAGUACACUGUAGCUGUCUUCAGACACACCAGAAGAGGGCAUCAGAUCUCUUUACAGAUGGUUGUGAGCCACCAUGUGGUUGCUGGGAUUUGAACUCUGGACCUCUGGAAGAGCAGUCAGUGCUCUCUGAACCAUUGAGCCAUCUCUCCAGCCCAAGGCUCUCCAUUUUUCAGGUUUGAAGUGGGAAAGGGUCUGUGCUGAGCAACCAGGCCCGAGGGUUCAGACUCGUGGGAUCUGUGGGCUGUCCGUUAGGGCCAUUAAAAUUGGGUUUUUUUGUUGUUGUUUGGUUUUUUUUUUCCUUCUUCUUUCUUUUUGGAGCUGGGGACCGAACCCAGGGCCUUAGCAAGCGCUCUACCACUGAGCUAAAUCCCCAACCCCGUGUUUUUUUUUUUUUUUUUAAGUUUGUAUGCUGCUGCUUUUUUUUUUUUUUUUUUUUUUUUUUGGUUCUUUUUUUCGGAGCUGGGGACCGAACCCAGGGCCUUGCGCUUCCUAGGUAAGCACUCUACCACUGAGCUAAAUCCCCAGCCCCUGUAUGCUGCUUUAUUAUAUGCUACAGUCAGUGUAUAUAAAAUAGUUAAACCUUGUGAAACAGAAAUCAAUGAAAAUUCAGAGAGGUAGAUGUUAAGGACGGACAAGUAGAAGAUUGUGUAUUACAGCACGUGUUAAAGAGAAGCUUCUGAUAAUGUGCUGUGAAAGAUGAAGACUUUGAGUAUGUUCUGUGUGUGGCAUAAAAUCAUCGUGAAUUGGAAUUGAGCAUUGUGAGCAUUUGGUCGUUAUGAGAGGUCUUAAGGAAACUUGCCAAGUUUGAAGCUGGAGCAUCACUGGAAUAAGUUCAAAGAAAAACAAUAUGUAGCUCUUCAUUUGUAUACGUGAACACAGUGUGACUCAGAGUUUGGGUACGUGAACACUGUACGGUUCUUCAGCGUUUGAGUACAUUUGUAAGAAUUGGAAUGUCUGCGUACUCUACUCCUCGACCAAUAAAAUCUCAGUUGUGAAAAAAAAAAGAAAAAGAGAAGCUUCUGUACAGACUUCGAACUUAGUUCUCUUGAAUAUUCACUGGUUCAUGAAAGGUGGUUUGAGAAACCUCACGAUGUAUGACUACAAAAAGGAGCAGACUUUCUGGGGUCUGAAGAGAUUUGUACUUGAAGACACUCCAGUCAGCCGAGAGGGUCAUGUUGAGCAUUCUGCAGACAGAACUGUUUCAAGUGUGCAGCUGCCUGGGAAACCUUCAUGCCAUUGAGCCUGGCCUCCAGUCGGAGCUGCUGAACCACCUUCUUCAUGGAGCUCGGGUCAGCCGGGCACGUUAAGAUUGUUAAACCGUUAAAAAAAAAAAAAACAAAAAAAAACCCUCUGGCCUCGGAGAAGCGCGAGGGCGCCGAGCGGCUCCUCAAGUUGCAGAACGCGGGCCUGUGUACUUUUGCAGGAUGUGCAGAAGCCAUCUCAAGAUGAGAUGGGUAAAACCCUGGAGACCAUGGAAGCCUCCUUGGCCCUGGAGAACCUGAACCAGGCCCUCUUGGAUCAGCGUGCCCUGGGUUCUGCCCACACAGACCCUUAUCUCUGUGCCUCUUGGAAAACCACUUCCUGGAUAAGGAUGUGAAGCUCAUCAAGAAGAUGGGCAACCACCUGAACAACCUCCGUGGGGUGGCAGGGCCACAACCAGCACGUGGCCUAGGCAUCUCUGGGCGAGUAUCUCUUUGAGCGCCUCCCUCUCAAGCAGGACUAGGCCUCUGUGCCUUCCAAGGGGCUCCCUUCUCUGCUCUGCAGCAGCCGCCUCAGCACCUCCACCUGAAUGAACCUCUAAAGCCACUAGGCAGCCCUGGAGCCUCUCCCAAGUCUUGGACCGAGUAAAAAUAAAGUUUUUGAAACAGAAAAACAAAACAAAACAAACAAACAAACAAACAACCCAAAAAACCAAACCAAACUAAACCCAAAAAACCCACAAAACAUCCUCUGGCCUCAAGCAUCGGGAGGCGGAGUCAAGGAUCGGCGUUCUCAUUGGUGAGCGCAGCCGGGGGCGGGGCCUCACCUCGGCGGGCUUUCGCAGGCGCCCAGGAAGUCGCUGGAAGGUGUGCGUGUGGUGCCGCGUGUGGUUGCUGUGGAGACACAUUAAAAAUGAAUUUUAAUGUCUGGAAUGUCAAAGAGAUGCUCAGCAUCCCCUCAGGCUCUGGGCUCACUAAACCGUCUAACUGGAAUAGUAAUCAGACUGACUGUUCUUCUCUCAGUGAUUCCCAGUUCCUCUUUGGAUCUCAGUUCUGUCCUGAAAAUUCAGAAACUCUGUUACCACCCUUGGAUGCUGGCACUUACUUAAGAUACCCAAAACAGACACAACAGAAUUCUGUAGAUAAUGAACCUAGUAUUUUCACAAAAUACCAGGCGAAGCCCCAGUUGUUUGGAGGCGAUACAAAAGGUGAAGGCUUAUUUUCUCUUCCUUUGCCAGUUGGGAAACCAAAAGGACUCUCAAAACAGUUUGAGGAGAAAAAACGAAGGGCAACCGACCAAUCUGACAGUGAGACGCUGCACAACUUCGUUUCUCAUUUUCCAGAAGUCAUCCACAAGUUGCAGACAGCUGUGGAAAAGUCUGAGGAACAUCUCAGCUCUAGAAGCCAGUCUAUUUUAGACUCUGUGGAGACCAUAGCCAAGACCUUUCAAGAGACUGCGAGGGUUCAGCAUGACCUGAUGGUUGAGGCAGUGAAAGACAAAGGCAGCGUGGAGCAGGCCGUCCUUGAGAUACAGAGGGCAUGUGCAGCUAGACAAGCAGAAUUUAUGGAGAUGAAAUCCACCCUGAAGAACCUUGAAGUUUUAGUUGUCCAGCAGAGUAAGGACUUCCAGCAGUUUUGUGAUAAUCUGGGCCAGCUCAUUGUGCCUAGUGUCCUAGGAGAGCUGAAAAAAUUCACCUCUGUUCCUCAGGUGGUUGGGCAUCUGAAAGACAGCGCCUCUCAGACCUCACCAUCUCUGACCCAGAGCCAUCAUUAUCCCAGGCAGGAACCGUAUCCCUCUGAGGAGCCAGCUACUUGGCAGGGCCAGGAGCCUCCUGCAGGGAAUUCCAGUAGGGGUUCCCAGAGGCCUACAGAGUUCGGUGUCUGGGAUGAAGGAGCAGAGAGUGAUGUUUUUCAAAAGGCUACAUUGCCAACAGACAGGCCCCACAGAGGCAGUGAGCAUGUGAAGGGCAAGGCCGUGCAGACGUACUGUAAGAACUGGGUUAUGACCUCCAGAAGCCUCAGUAACCACUUCUCUGUCCCAGACCAGAAGGCCGGCAGCGAGCAGGAUCUGACUGCCCCAGGCGCCUCACAGCUGGACUGUGAGUCUGAAGCCAGAGUGGAGGGCAUCUGCCCCACAUACGAGGCCCAAAGCAAGUGCGCCCUUGACUCAUUUGAACAGUCAGCAGCUGAACAGAAGAGAGGCAGGACCUGCAGAAAAAGGAGGAGAGGCAAGAAGCCGCAGCCGAGGCGAGCAAAGAGAGGCAGGCUUCUAGCUAGGGUACAAAAGCAGACCUCAGGGGAGGCCUGUGCCAUCACGGCCGAGCGUCCCUGUCCCCAGUCUUCAGUUUGUAGCUCACAGGGGCCCCUCAUCUGUUGGCCGCCUCUGAGGAGCUCCACCAAGUCAGCUUGUCAUAUUUUAGGAGGAAGAGGAGAGACCAGUAUGACAGCAGGGGCAGUGCAGGGGAGCCUCCUGAAGUCUUCCCAGCACUCCUCCACAGACAGCAGUUCCCAGGAGGACCAGCAGAUAAAUUGGUUCAGUGACAUCAGCCUUGAAAACCUAGAGCCUCCUCUGUGUAAGAAGGGAGGGAAGAAUUUGCUCUCUGACCCGGAUUUUGAUAGCAGUGAUGAUAAUUUCUAACCUGCCAACAGUGACGUUAGCUGAUGGUUUGUUAUCUCAGAACCACAAUGUAGGACAUUGGAUUGGGCAGCACCUGAAGUUGGCCUAUCCAGCCUCAGACCAGAGGCCUUGACUGGCCAGUGGGAGGCAGGGAGAAGCAGCACUCAGUUAUCAGUUGCUGCUCACUAGAAGGGAAGUUAUAGAGAAGAAAUGUGUGGAGACAGUGAAGAGAAUUCGGGGAGUAGCCUGAGGUAAAGCAUCAGAAAGGUAGCUGUGUACACUUGGAGAAAAGGGAAUCGGCUUCCUUAUGGAAUACUAUUUGGAAGAACUCUCAUAAAACAUUUGUGACUACAUGAGUAGCUCUCAAGACGUGCCCUGUACCUCUGAUACCCUUCUGAGCCUCAGCUUUAUCUAGUGCUGUCACAGAGUUUUGUCUUUUCAGUGAGAGGACAUGUUACAGGGAACACUAUUAGAUGGGUUUAUUAUGAAUUUGCAUUCUCCUACCUCAGCCUUCAGAAUGUUGGCACUAUAAACAUGUCUCGAUUCUCAACUGUAAAGCAGACUACUUCAGAACAGAGUGGUAAUCCUGGUGCUGGUCUGCAUGUCUUUAAUCCCAGCACUGGGGAGGUAGAGGCAGGUCUCUGAGUCCACAGAGCAACCCAAAACCACAGCAACAACAACAAAAACCCCAAACAAACAGAACAGAGCGUUAAAGCUGCCUAUGGGAGUGGGGUGUGGUGGCUCAUGCCUGAGCAGCAAGAAAGGUUCCUCCCAGCCCUUCCCAGACUGACUUCAGGCACUUACAGGGCCAUCAGAAGGAAGCUUUGAGACCAAAGGCCCUUAUUCCUGUUGAACAAUUGUAGUAUUGGUUAUAUUUUAUUUCUUUUUUUUUUUUUUUUUUUGGUUCUUUUUUUUUCAGAGCUGGGGACCGAACCCAGGGCCUUGCGCUUCCUAGGUAAGCGCUCUACCACUGAGCUAAAUCCCCAGCCCCUUAUUUCUAUGUCUUGUUGAUAUUUACUGUUCUAUUUUAAUCCAAACCCUGUGAAUUUAAGUAUUUUUCAGGUAGUGUUUGUGAAUGAGCCCUUCUAGAGCCAUCUGAUUGUUAAGUGCCAAAGAUGGACCCUGUGACGCUAGGCUCUGCUGUUGUAACACGCUGUUUCUGCAAAAGUAUUUCAUUGUGUGUAAUGACAUCAGAGUCCAUGUGACUCCGUGGUAACAUCUCUAACACGACUGAGAUAAUUAAAAAUUACACUCUAUGUCUCUGGCAGUCAUUGGGAAAGGGUAUCGUUUCCCGUUUUAUUCCCUUUAUGGCUCUUUACUGUCUUUUUUUAUCCUCUCUUUUUUAAUGUUCCUGCCAGACUUGGUGAGCGUGACACAGGCCCAAACACGUCCCUGGAACACACAGCAUUUUUGGCUCUUAGAUGCUCCCAGAGCUGUAUGUGGCUACACAGGGGCGGAUGUGGUGGGAGGGUAGAGUCUGCUGAGCGCUCCGCCCUCCGUUACUCCAGGAUGGAAAUGAGGUUGACUACAGCACUUAAUUGCCUGACAGUCCUGUACCCAUUUACAUAUUACCCCAAGAUGGCCUUUUGAGUGUGUGUGUGUGUGUGUGUGUGUGUGUGUGUGUGUGUGUGUGUGUGUGUGUGUUCCUUCCAUCCUGUGGCUUCUGAGGACCGACCCUGUUUUAUCUCACACUGAUCUAGCUCAGUUAGUGUUCUCCUUUCAUUUAAGCAGGAGUAUAAACUUCAGAAGUAAGGAUGACAUCUGCCUUCUUGCUGUGUUCCCAGCACACAGGAGAGUGAUGUGGUACUUACUGAGCGCAGAGGCUGCGUUUUGGGGCAUAUAUAGCCCCUUAAAAACCCUGUCUUCAAGCCGGGUAGUGGUGACGCACACUUUUAAUCCUAGCACUCAGGACUCAGAGGCAGGUGAGCUUCAAGUUUGAGGCUAGCCUGGUCUACAGAGUGAGUUCCAGGACAGAGACCCCUGUCUCAAAAAACCAAGUCACUGUCCCCAAAAAAACCCAAAUGAAACCAUGUCUUGAAAUUUGGCCUUUCUAUGACAUCCUUUUGGUGUCCACCACCCAGCUUGGCUUCAUUAGCUCCGAAAGUCUCCUGCUUACUCCUGUUUCUCUUUCACAGGAAUCUCUCGUGACCCUUCCUCACCCAGUGUGCCCAGAAAAACAGUCGCCUCCCUACCCUGCCUGUUUGUAAUUAAAACAAUUGUUUUUUAAAU